AUGUCGGACCUCACCAACAUGGCACAUGGGUCGUUCUUUUUCGGCCCGCGGGAAGUGGCGUCGAUCAAGAAACGCCUCCCUCAGCACCUACUCCCGAAAUGCUCCACAUUCGAGCUAGUCACAGCGUGUCUAUGGAAGUGCCGCACAAUCGCGCUUGAGGUCGAGCCGGACGACGUUGUCCGCCUCUCAUGCGUGAUCAACGCACGAGGUCUCAAUGUGCCUCGCGGUUAUUAUGGGAGCACGUCGGUGAAGGCAAUGGUACUUUCGAAGGCGGGCCAUCUGUGUACUAGUCCGCUAGGGUACGCGGUCGAGUUAGUGAAGAAGGCUAAGGAGAUGGUGAGUGAAGAGUACGUGAGGUCCUUUAUCGAUGCGUCGGUAAUCAAGGGAGGGCCAAACCACACGACCGUUUGGGACUACGUGGUCGCCGACACAACCAAGGUUGGGUUCGAAGCGGUUGAUUUCGGGUGGGGGAAGCCAGUGUACGGCGGCGUUGCCGGUGCAGUUCCUUUGAUAAGCAUCUAUGUGAAGUACAAAACGAGAGAGGGAGAGGAGGGGAUUGUGGCCGCGAUAAUGUUGCCGGAGAGAGCAAUGCGAAGGUUUCAGGAAGAGCUGGAGAAAAUGACCGAUAAAGGGACGGUUAGUGAAGAUCAGUAUGGUGUAGAUUCAAGUAUGAUUAGAUCUAAACUCUAG